CCCGCGUCCGGUCUUGGCCUGAUACGGCAGAGAAAGGGCACAUCGAUGGCGGCCGACUGUGGCAGCACCUCCACACAUGGUGGUAUGACGGAGACUUCCGUAUGCGUGCUUCUCGCGGGGCAAGGAGGCAGGCUGUGGUAGCCGAGACACUGCUCGCCGCAACGCACGUUUCGAUACUUGAGUUGACUACAGUCGAGUCCCGCGGCGCGGAAGUGCACGCGCGUUCAUCCGCCAUGGUGACCAAGGACGCAGCAAGGGGUCGCUGGCCAGCGCACACGCCACCACCAUCGGACUGCGGCAGCCCCGCCGCCACCGGAGAGACAUCGACUCUAGUCUCUGCCAGUGUCUCGCAGAGACGACGCACGGCUUGCUCGGGUGUGUGUGCCGGCUCCCCUGGCCAGCUUCCCAGCCUUGCCGAGUUUGACCGCGGCGUCGAGUCACUCAUCCAGCGGUAUGGCCCCCCGCCACGGCCAGCGAGGAGAUUGCCGAUGCACAGCGAGCGACCACUGCCACUGACGAGCCCGCACGACCAGCCCCUGCCCCCCGGCGUCCACACAUCACAGAAGAAGUACACCGAUGAGGAGGGUGACUUCAUCAUCUACAUGUGGACUGACAAGGGGCUCCGGUGGGAGGAGGUCGGGGAGGCGUUCCGACGCAGAUUCGGUGGGCCGCUGCGCUCGGUGCAAGGCCUUCAAGGCUGGUACUACAGGGCGAACCGGCGCAUUCCAGUCUGGGAUGAGGAUGGCUGGCUCGUCUUUGAGAAUGAGGACGAUCCAGACCCGCAGACACAUCGGAUCAAGCGUCGCGAACGCGAGGCUCUCCCCGGGUUGUGCGAUCGGUAUCCUGAGCGCGCCGUCGGGUACGUCUGGGUGGACCGAGCAGACGCCGCGCAAGCGGGCGAUUGGGGUAAGUGGCGCGCUUCCUAGUCGACGCAUCGUACUGAGCCUGGCAGCCGGAAAGCGUCGGCGACAACUGGCGGAGCGUCAGGCACGAGCAGCAGAGCGGCGUCAUCCGUAGUAUCACCGACGCCAUGUCUUGGGCGGAGAAGGAGCCGGCGCCG